ACAGUAACAUGCACAGUGCUAGCCAUGGAUUCCACCAACUUCUGUUACAAAGCCUGCAAGCUUUGCGAAAGGGCUCUCCCCGAUCAUCCCCUAAAUUCAUCCUGCACAGCCUGCAAGUCUAAGUUCCCCGCCUCUUUCCCCUCCCACCAACACUUGUUUCGCCUCUUCUGUCAAUUGCAACCGAUACAAAGGUAAUGGUGGUGAUAUGCUUUGAUAGGGCUGCUAAAGUUUUGUUUGGCUGCUCUGCUCAUGAGUUCUUAGACUUCGCAAAGAUUCAUCCUUUUGCUGCUGAAAAUGCAAGUAAAGUUCUGGAGGGAGAGAUGCUCCAAAUGACUUUGUCAAAACCAAAGAAUCUGAAUGCUCAGCAUCUAAGAGCAGUGACCAUAGUUCCUUUAAGGUCAGGUUUCCAGCCUGUAAUUCAGGCCCUGAGAGAAUUGUAUGGUGCACAAGGUGGUCCUUAACCCGCCUUUCCAUUUAUUUUCUGUAUCUGUUUAGUUUCCCUACCAUUUCCAGGAUAGAAAUGCUUUUGUGAUAUCAUCAAUAAUGUCUGAGCAAGGAGAUCUUAUGCAAACCGUAUGUGUUAGUAGGAGUUUGAUCUUAUCAUCAAGUUUUUGUACUUUAAUAUCUUGGUACUAUAUCUACUGUUUAAUUUGUAUUAUUUUGAACUGUGCAGAUCAAUUAAAAACGUAAUUGGUUGUUUCUGUGGAACUUCUGUUAAUUGUGUGCUGAGAAUCAAUACAAUACAUAA